AUGGCGCCGAAGAAACUUACGGACUGCCCGGAAAAUCUCCGGGAGUCCAUUGACUGGUUGAUACAGGUGAGGUAUGGUGGUGAUGGCAGUGGUCUUGGGAUGUUGGCUGAAGCUUUGAAAAAGUUGAUUGGUGAGGCUGUGAAGGAUGCUAACGAGAGUAUUAAAACUGAGCACGAUACACUUAAAAUGCUUGUGCAAUCUGACCCUUCAAAACAGAAAUCCCUAGAUGAAAUUGAGGAGCGUCAGCAUAAGCUUGCUGAGCUUAGUGGACAUCUUGCGCAAUUUAUUGGCAAUUCUGAAGCUAUUAAAGAGGCCAUCAAAAACUCUUUCAGUAUUUAUCUUGAUAAGCUUUCGAAGCUUCUUGAUCCGUCCAAAUAUUACGCGUGUUGUAAAAGUAAGAAUAAGCUUAAAUUUGAUGAAAUGAAGAGGCUUCAAGACAAACUUAAGAACUCCGAAAAACUUGAAACAAUUGUAUCUGAAAUUAAUUUUAAAGCGCUUUUAAAGCCACUUGAAUAUAAUAAUGAUACCUGCACCCACCAUCAUUAUAAAGACUCCACCACGAAUGAAGCUCUGCAGGACGUGGAGUCCAAGUUGGAAAGCCUUGCGGAACUUGGUGAUAGUCUUGAUAAAUUUAAUAAUGAACCCAAUACGAUUUUGACGAAUAUUUGCUCCGGUCUCGAGACCUUCCUGGGUUUUGAUGAUAAAACCAAAGGCUACACUGGCUCCGGCAUCGUGUACUCCGACCUCGACAGGCUGGCCGACGGGGUGGUGGCGUUUCUCCUCCAAUGUCUUAAAGGCAGUCAAACGCUUUUAAGCUUUUAUUAUCCUAACAUUACGCAGACUAUAAAGGAUUUAGAAGGUAAAAUAGGUAAAGGCUCUGGUGUUAAGGGAUUUGCCUCUGCCAUUGGAAUUGUGCAGCGUGGGCUGCAGAGGUAUGAGAGCGGGAUGGAAGGAAGAAUAAGUAGCUUGAAACAUCAUUUGUCACAGAUUCAAGCGUCUGUUAAAGCGGAAAUUUCGAACAUUCCAAAGAGGCAGAAAGAACCCCUUGAAGGUCAAUUGACUCAUCUCUCUAAGAUUGCAAGGCAAUGCGUUCUAUAUGCCACAUUGGCCGAUAAGGCCUUUGGAAUUUUGGAUGAAGAUUUACAAGGUAACAUAAAAUGCAACAUUUUAUCGGUCUCUCAGGCGGCGAACACAUUCCAAGAAGUGACAGAGAAGGGGGAGGUUAAGAAUCAAGCCAAAGGGGUGGAUACAACGCUGAGUGAGCAGCAUGAUUUCCUAAAGGGCCUAGUUAACAAGGGUGCCCAAGAACUUGAAAGUAGGUUGAAUGGCCAAUUUGAUAGAAUUCAGAAUGGCUUGACCAGUUUGAAAAAUGACAAGUUAAAAGCCGAAAUGGGUAAGGUGAGGGGUGUAGUGCAGACGGCGAAGGGGUUGGUUGUGGACUGCAUCGCAGAUUUUGACGCAAUAUACGAAGAAAAUAUUAUUAAGGAAUUUGAUCGUAUAAAGCAAAAUAUGGAGGAGAUUACAAGAGUGAAGAAAGACGUAAAAUAUGAAUCUAAAUUGUUCGAAGAGGUCGAGAAACUUAACAAGGCGGUGUUAGAGUUGGAAAAACUGUAUCAGGAAAAAUUGGUAAAGGUUAAAAAGGCGGUUGAAGAAGCAGUGGAUUAUGCAUUGGUAAAGAAUCGUGAUCAUAGUCUUGACAAAUUGGAUGACCAUAUAAGAACUGAUUUGGAGGGGUUGAGGGGUAAGAUUUUGGGGCAGUUGGAGGCGUUUGGUAAGGAUGUGGAAAAACAAAUAUUGGCGGCUGCAGGGGAGGCUGAGGGUGAUACCGAGGCCGGUAAGGGUCUACAACAACUUAUAACUCAGUUUACAACUGGUAACUCGGCCAACCAAUUUACACAAUUCACGAGUGCACUCACCCAGGCACAAGGCAGUACGUUUGGCCUUGGAGGCAAUAUAGAAGGUAUUUUGCUAUAUAUUAACAAACUGAGCCAACACCCUUCGGAAUCCGCUCUCUACGCCAAUCUCCUCGCUGGACUUCGCAGAUCCCUGUAUUCAGCCAUCGACAGUGUUCUCAAAGGGGUUAUCACAGAUCCUAAAAAUCUCAUAACCUUUGAUAAAAAUUUCAUGGCAAAUUAUUAUAAAGAGACGAUGAAACAGGAUGGGCUUGCGGUAGGUACGCUCAGAGGUUUGAUAACGAGGAUUAAGGAGCAGUUUGGUAGCGGUUUUAAGGGUACUGGAGACCAUACGGCAAUCGAUCUCACUACUCUUGAGGGUUACAAUUCUGCUCCAAGCACUUCCACUACCGGCAACGCUGCGAAGCCUGCGUAUAACAAAGCAGUCGUCAGUGUCAAACAAACGGUUGAGAAAGUUGAGCGCCUUCCAGAAUUCGUUGAACAGCGUAAGUUGGAAGCCGAUGAAAUUAUGAAAGAUAUUAAAAACCAGUUUACUACACUGCAAGGAAUGACCGACAAAAUAGAUGAAGCCAUAAAUUCAGCUGAGUCAGCCAUGGAGCAGACCAUAUUGAGUAUCGAAGGAACCUUGGUUGACGCCGAACAAAAAUCGAGGCAAGCCGUAAAUCAACUUAAAUCCCAAUUGCUCACCGCAGUGCAGUCCAGUUUCGAAACACUCACUUCCCAAGUCUACGCCCUCUUCGCGAAGCAGAAGCAGGCCGAGCUGGCGACGCUGGAGAAAAUUGUCGCGGAGCAGUUGGCGGCGAUUGAAAGAAUUAUUAGAGAGGAUAGGGCGAACGGUUUGAAGGGUUUCUUGGGGGAAUUGAGGAAUAGUAUGAAUGGCAAUUUAGAUAUUCCCGAAGCGCCAGAGUAUGUUAAAAGCAUCAAGUUAGAACAGUUGUCGUGGGGAGUUCGGGGGUAUUUUGAAGGACUUUUAGAUUAUGUGUUUGCACAGUUGACAACGUCUUCCCCUCCUGACUCCUCAAAGUCGUAUCCCAAGAUUGUCGACGGGAUUAAAAACAACAUUAACGUUUUACUUACUGAUCGAACCCAUUUUAAUAAAACAGCCAGUGAUCAUCUAGCGGGACUUAAAAAAUCACACGGUAGCUUAGUCCCCGAUAAAUUCGACGGUAACAAUAACAAAUUGCUUGACCUCAUUAGAGACGGUGUGGACGGCUUCAUCAAGCAUCUUGAUUACGCUUACGUCAAUGCGUACUCUGAGCAGACCGUAAAGUGGAAAAACACCAAGCUUCCCGAUGCUUUGGCAUUGGACGAUGAUGAACUAACCGAAAACGCAAUAAAAUGCGCCAAUGUAUUUUGUAGUAUUAUUAGCAUCCUAUAUGAAGAACUGUCUCAGUUACGUGAGGAUUGCAAGACUGGAGGCAAUUGUGAGAAGAAAAAAAUUGACUUAAACAAUCUGUUAUCAUUCAGUACAUCAGGGCCUACAAAAACGAAUACAAACCCCCUUGGCCAUUUCUUCAAGCGCUGCGGCUUCCGUGUUGCGUCGUUACCUGAUGCCAGUAAUGCAGAGUUACACAACAAACCUACGAUGAUGGGUAGUCAUAUUUUCCAGCUACUUGUAGGACAUGGUAGAGUCUUUAGCCACCAAGAUCCCGAUGAUGAUAAGUCCGGAGACCAAAGCCCAGUGUACAAACUUCUCAAGCAUCUUCACGAUUAUUAUAAAACGUGCCACUUGCAAUAUAUCUCCCCAACUAAAUAUCCGUCCACAGUUAGAGAUAUGCUCCAUUGGCUGUGCGGGUUGUGGCACAAUCCGGUGCUUGGCAAUGUCGAGCAAUACUUUAAGACAUUAUUCCGUAAACCAAAGCAGUAUGAAAAUACCGAUUAUUCCGCAAUUCCCGAUUACGCACUAAAGUUAGAAGGCACUUCAAAUAUCCAACCUUAUGAUUUGUCGGCUGAACUCUACAAAGUCUGCUCCCACGCGGAAAAGGUAUUAAUCACAAUCCUGGGCUAUGGGGAUGCCAACGGCCGAUAUUCUUGCGACUUUAACACAAACCCCGACGAUCUUUCCUAUCCCACCAACGCAGGUGAAUGUUUAGAUUGGCUCAUAGAAAUUUGUAUGAGACUGAAUCGCCAACUCUACUUCCUGUACAAUCAGUGCUGUAACGGUAAAAGCAGUAGUGGUUGGCUGGACUGCUGGUAUGGUAAGCACGUCGGUGGUUCAUCAUGGCGGUGCAAUGACAAACAAUGCCCCAAACAAGACUGUGACCAAAAGGCCGACCAACAUUACAAGUGCGGCCUUAAAUCACCGCUCCAAUCCUUCUUGGAGGACGGACUGCAGGGUUUCCUUCCUCAUCCAUACAACAUGGCCGAUUGCAAAAUGACCUGUCCCCUUUCCAACCACCUCGGUAAGCCGUGUCUCACGCCGAUGGGUUUCGGAGACAUUUCCACAGUGGCAUCUCAUACAAUGAGAGGCCAGCAUCUAAUGAAAGUGUUGUCUAGAUUUUGUAGUAAAUCAGAUAGGCCUCUUGCCAAUCUAUGCAGUUAUCUGACAUGCUUAUUGCAGAGACCGCCUCAAACACUCGACGAAAUGCUAGCGUUCUAUCACAGUCUUCUCAACGGGUGGGAAGACAGUGGUGAGCACAGGCAAGAGGCGUUUCAAAAAGCUGUUGAAAACGCUUAUUUCUGCCGCCAGUACAAUACUUUAAACCCUGAAUCCAUAUGCGACAGCGCUACGCAUAAGGCUGACAACCAUCCCCAUGGUGAUAUUUCUUCGAUAAUAAAUUGCAAUGAGAAAUCAUCCCCAGUCUCUCCCUGCGGUUCAUACAUACACCCCCUUAGCUAUAAUACGCGCUGCAUAUAUUCUAAGGAACACGCUGAAAAAUACCUCUCAUGGAUUGUCUACCUGACCGAGACAUUCUAUGAUUACCUCUGUAGGCUAUUGUCGAAAUUUGAAGAAAAUUGCGGUACGAAUGAAUCAAAGUGUCGUAUUGAAGGGUGCGCAAAUGACUGCCAAAUUGUGAAAUCAUCGACACAUUCGUCAUCUUGCCGGUCCAUAAUUCAAUGCCCUUACACACUUCCGACGUUAUACGCUGAAGGAUUCGUAUUUGGAAACCCACUUAAGAUUGGCGGCAAAUUCGGAAAUCCGUGGAAGCGGUCAUGUGGAGAUUUCAUCGAUCAACUGAGAAAGGUGUGCGGCGGCAAAUCCCUCCUUGCGAAAUUAAUCCAUGAGACCAUAGCCGAAUACUUGUUCAAGAUCCGCCUCCCCUUCAUCUACACCCUCCUCGCCCUCUGGUCGCUCUCGCUCCUGUACCUGCUGCACAUCGCCGUCGUUCGCCUCGACGUCCUGAGGAUACGCUCGCACCUGAGAUCACCCGCAAGCCACCGCAUCGCCGCGCAGUCGCUGCUCGCCGCCGCACGCGUCAAGGCGCUCAACAACGUCAAGUACUUCUCACCAUAA